GAGAAGCACUUCUAUCCCCGACAGUGAGAAAGCUGUCUUGGACUUGCUGCCACUGACGAGGCGAAGUGAACAAAACGUCAACCUUCGCUGUGUGGUCAUCUCAGUCAAGCAAAGAGUGAGUGACUUUGAUUUGAAUAUGCCAGUUCCCGCUUAAAUUUGUUAAGUUGUUAUUUUAGAAGGACAAGGCUUUCAGCUGGUAAAAACUAAUUGUUAAAGUAAAACAACUUCAAAGUCUGGAAUCGGCAAAAGUCAAUUUUCGCAGCAAGAAGAAAUCAUGAAGUACUAUAAACACUGCACGUUGUAGCUUUCGCGGCAUUUUUCCUCCGUGCGGCAUAUUGCCGUUUCUAAGUUCAACCUAAAAUACAGCAGAGUAGUUAAGCUGAACGUUUGGUGUUUGAGCGCAACGCGCAAAUAGCCAAAAUAUCAACCUUUUCGUCAUUUACAUCAAGCCCACUGAACUGAUGAAAGCAUGUCUUGUUCAUGCUGCAAAGAAAACAGCACAUUAAUGAUUUACAUUUCAAUGACGCGAGGUUUUCGUGACGGGAAAAUUAAACAUAUUGAAAUUAGUCUCAAAAAGCCACGGUUAUGUUCUGGUACGGCGAUAUUAUUCGUUGUUUUGUUUUUGAAUUAGGCUAAGAUUUAGGUUUUGUCUACCGAACUUACAGAUUCUUACCCGCAUCACAUUUUAAAUUGGUCCAGUUGCCCUGUUUGCGGUAGUGAUUGAAAUGCAAGAAGUUGGGUUCUGAUGGCUUUUGAGAAUGUAAAUUAACUUUCUCUACUCGAAGUUGUCCUUGUAUAUUGCUGGUGUUUACAAUUCUACUUAAUUUGAUUUGCGUCGGAUACGCAGAUAUCAAGAACAGCUACUGAACAACACGGACCUUUACACUUUGAGCUCGAUAACGAAAAAAUGCGCGAAGGAUUAUAGACUUAAGCUUCUUCAACGUUUGGCGAAUGUGUUAAUAAGAAAGGUAAACCUUGCGUUUUUACAAAUCGCUCUGUUUUAGUUGACAUAUCAUCACAGAUCAUGACAGCCUUAAAGAAUGGGCGUGAUGCAUAGCGACGGAACAGCUGAUUUUGAAAACAGCGCAUCAACCUAUGAAAUUUAUCAAUUGAAUCCGGUUGGUAAAAUUUCGAGGCAAAACACGACAUGAUUGACUUGAGAAACAACAAAAUCUCGUAUUGUUAUUACUAUUUUGAUGUGCCACUUGUUUUUUUUUUUAUCAUUCGAUAAGAGGAUAAACAAGUUCGAUGGCUCAACCCUCAAUUUUUGAAACCCAAUUCUCACGUUCCAUGCUGAGAACACUUUCAUGAAAUUGACAAGAUAGCGCCUGUCACGCUAUCAUCUUUUGGACGAUCUAGAGCUUCUUCUGUCGAAGGAACGUUUUUCAAUCACAGUUUCGACAGAAGUCUUCACUGCCUUAAUUGAAUCACCCAACUCUUAUGCCGGUUUCAGGUGAACUUUUAAUGAUUAAUAAGUGACCAGGGGCAAUAAACUGUACAUGCAGUAACUUCGGUGUUGACAGCAUACAGUUGAUUCAAGAUGGCGAUAAUUGGUUUCUAAAGAUCUCAGCACAAAUGCUUGAGACGGAAUAAGUAGUUUGAUCACCAAAUGUCACAAAUUUGGUAGUCGAAAAGAGAAAAGAAGUCGUUUGUGUAUCGCAUCAUUACCGAAACGUUCCAAACUGAAGCACGGAUUUAUCUUGAGAUGAUUAAAUUACGAUAGAUAGCAAACGUCGCAACUUUAUUUUACUUCGGCAAUCAUUUCCUUUGAUCAGAGAUUUUGAAUUUGAUUUAACAGGGCAAGAUUUUAGGCAAGAGAUCAACACACGUAAAUCAUCUGAAAUAUUUCAUUUUCUACAAGAAAAAAACUUUCGAAAGAUCAAUAUAUGGACAUUUACGUUAACUAUGUUGACGAUGCAUUAAAAAUAAUCUUUAAAGCGGCAAUACCCUUCAAAGCUAAACUUGAUCAAAACCAAGAUAGAAUGAGAUACCCCACUCUCUCUUGUCAAAAACUAACCAUUUACUGACGUGUUUUAUUUCGAACCUUAUCAAAUAAACUAUUUUUGUACCAGGAAAUAUGACGUUUGACUUUUAAGGCAAAAUAUAUCAGCGACAUCGCGUUGCCACCCAGGUCGUUUGGUGUGAUCAGUUCUGUCCGACGUUGCAAUACUUAAUAACUUUUUUAAAACAAUCCAAUUAGUAAAUGGGAGAACUAAUCUAUUCACUCAACGUUUACACUAAUUUAAUUUCAGUCAGAAGACGUGCCCUUAAAAGUAAAAUGUAAAUGAUAAAAACGUUUUCCGAUGUCAGAGAAGAUAUUGUCAAUUUUAUCGUGUUCCAACUGAUAUGAAUACAGAAUUCUAAAAAUAAUAAGUGGCGUAGCUGAUUAGCCAUUCAGAGUGCUGUAACACCCACUUUCUCUUUUAUUUAACAUGGAUUGUUUGAGAGGACGCUUCUAGAACUUUCAGCUGCACUAUGGAUGUUUUUCAGAAAAUCCGAAGACCUGACUCUAAAAUGUUAUUAAUUACACGCUCAAUAAAAAUUGCUAAAAACAUUUAUACAGCCAGAAAAUCUAGAAAUAGAAUUUGUUGCAUUAUUUCUAUGCUAGAAAUGUGAAUGACUUCACUGCACUGUUGUCAUCGAGUUCACCGCAAAUCCAUUUAUAAAUCUAACUUUCAAAACGAAUUUCUUGCUCUACUCUGAUGAAUUUCAGUGGUCAUUGGUAUAAAAAUGAAGUUAGACUGCAUAAGCAUUUUAAAAGAGUUGUUCAGUGUCGUGUAUUGUAAGCAAGGGAUUACUGUAAGAACAAUUAAUCCAUUAUAAUAGUCCCUCCAACGAAAUGAUUCAAGGAUAAUAUUGUGUUCUAAAAUAAUUAGCAUUGUUUCAUUAAGCCCUAAGGUAAUUCUCUGAAAAAGCAUUGCAUUUUUUUCUUAUGGGAGAAAACAUGGUCAGCCAGAACACAACACAACUUACUUAAACAAAAAAAAGCUUUGUGUCUAUUUAUCAUCGCUGGCUAAAAGACUUGUAAAAAAGUCUGGCUAGACAGGGAUUUUUAAAGGAGCUAUGUCAUGCUAUUUGCCAUCAUUUUGAAAAGCUAAAAUGUGUCUUCGCAUCAAUAAUUGAAUUCUAAAAAUAAUGUUCCAGUUUUGUUUUUUUUUAAGACUACAGUUAGGUACUGAAACUGUUUCCUGUCAUCUGUUCCUACAGAUGAGAAGGACGGACAAGGAUUGAAGCCUGAAAAGUUUGGCCAGCUAUUUCAAGUUUUUUUAAAAUGCCAUGCCUGCAAAAAUCACCAAAAAAUACUAUGAUCAGUGCUCGCUGAUGAAAUUUGCUUGCUAUCUUUUUCAUAACCCUACAGGAGGAUUUUGUGUGUUAGUAAAGAGGCUCUCUUGGCGGGGUUACAUGUGGCCCGCGUCUGAACUUCAAAACCUGGGCCCGGUUCCUCAAAAGAUGGUUAAGUUUAACCCAGAAUUAAGCCAAAAUUUAAGCAAGGUUUUCUAGUCCAAGAACAUGAAACUUGAGCUUACAAAAUACUGUUGUGCUGUUGUACUGUUGUGAGGGGGUAUGGUUAUUUUCUAGAGCAACACACUAUAAAAUCACAUAUUCUCUACAUUUUUCUUCACACAUUUUUAGUGGUGUUUAUGAGGACAAUUUGACUUUUCAAGACUUAAAUUUCAUUAUUUUCGAAUUUUCUUUCCUUUUAUGACCUCAUAUUUUGAUCAUCUAAUACGGGUCAAGAAGACUGUAGACUUUUAACUUUUUUUUAACUCCCAUGCUUGAUGAAAAGUCAACAAAACAACAUACUGUUUCAACCAACUACUACUGACUAAAAUUAGGAGGAUUGUGUUAACUGUAAGUAUCAUUCAUCAUUUCUGGUCCCUUAAACCAAAAAUGAGGUUCUACAUUACUGUUUGAAAAUGUAAAUGUUCUCUGUUCUUGAUAUUAAGUGCACUCUGUGCUUAUUGAGGGUGUAAACUUUAUCCUAUAACCAGGGAGACCAGCGUCUAAAUUCUCAAUACAUUGGCACUCAUUUAUUUCACAUAGAACAUUAGAAUAAAGGAAACAACCAUCCAAACUAUUUUUUUUUUGUUACUUUUCUCAGUAAUUGAUUGAAUGAGAUAUAUAUGGAGAAAAGCAAGUUGAUUGUGAUAAGGGCUCAACAGGGGAGCACUUACAACUAUAUUUAGAAUCUUUUGUUUUAAUUAGCGAAGCUUCCAUUAAUUUGGAAAUACUGAUGUAUAUUGUUCAAGCAAUGGGUGGGCCAAAACAAAGCAGACAUACACUGUAAUAAAAUGGUGUACUUAGCAAGUUCAGUACUGUUUAUAAAAGAGUGUAAUCAGCACUCCAUUUAGGGUUUAAUUAUAUUGAUCAAAGUUUUGUUUAAUAGGUUCAUCAAUGGUUUGCCAAUGAUCCGUUAACUUAGUGUGAAAUUUCCUGUUUAUGGGAGGCAAAGAAAACUGCAAGAUUUUUGGCCACAAAAUGAGCUGCAGGAUAUACAUUUUCCUGCUCAUGUUGACAGUAACAUGCGGCAAAGAACAUGACAACCAUUACAGUAGACUGCCAAAUGCCAUAGCAGUUAUUGGGAGACCAUUUAAAUACCUUUUACCACAUCAGAAUGGAAAUCAAGGAGAAUAUGAGGUAACUGUUCAAGCAUCGUUUAUACAAUAAUUUAUAUUUAACGGUAUUCCUCGAGCCCCAAUGGACUCUGAGUCAAUAGCCCAUGAGGGUGAGAGGAAUAAUUAUUGUUUUAGUAAAAUCCAACUAGUUGGUCAAAAAUAUCGAGAAUACAAAAAUUUUAGUUAGUUAAAGCUAGACUUUAAUCCUUUUUUGCCACCACAAAGCCUGUGCAUUUUGCUACUAGUGUGCUAUAACAUAUAGCCUAGUAGUAGCUCAACCAAUCAGAAUGCAGCAUUGAUGAUAGACCACUAGUUGGAUUUUACUAAAAUAUUAUAUUCAAUAAUAUGCAGGGCUAAAAAAAAACAACUUCUGUCCAGUUGUCUAGGACAAGUAGCAUUUCUUGCUAAGCCAGUAACUUUUUAAGCUCAUCUGCCCACUGGGGAAGGGUCCAGGCAAAACAACCAAUUAUAACAAAACCAUUAACUAAGACAGACAGGCAAGCAGGCAUGGUCUCAGGCAAACAAAAUGAGAGAGCUGCUUGUACAAAGGCCAAGCUGGAAUUCAAGUUUUUUCGAGACCUGAAUAAAUAGUAACGAAAUACAUGUAGAAAACAACAUCGUGUGCUAGCUAAGUCUCUUUAGACAUCAUAUUUUGUCAGUUUGAGUGCAUUGACCCUUCCCCAACGGGUGAUUGAUGGAAUCUUGUAAAUGCUUCUAGCUUUUGAGUUUGUAGACAAAACCCUGCCUUGUGACCACUCAAAUGAAACCUCUUAGCUGGUACUUCACAUAGUGUGCUAAAUUGUUUCCAUUGAAUUUUGACUUUGUCCUCUUUUGGGUGUAAAAGUGUACUUGCAUUAGCAGAUAACCAUGAUACGCUAGAAACGAUAUUAUUUCAAGGCCUCCACUCAACAAGCUAGACUUUGGACAUAAUUUACCGGACAUAUUUUUGUUGAUGGACCUACAUACUAAAUUAUGCACACAAGGAUCUUGAAUAGUUAUAGAAAAAAUAAAGUCACUUUGUUUGAAUGCAAGGCAGGUAGACUUGACCUUUUUUCCUUUUUUGCUUUCAGGCUGUAGAAAAAGGAAGAUCAACUUUACCCAAAUGGCUGUCUUUUGACUCCUCCAAAAACCAACUAAACGGGGUACCCCUGUGGCGUGACAAAGGCAAGGUUGAGAUUGAAAUCCAAACAAGCAAGUAUGAAAAGUCUGUUCUUUCAAUUGAUGUUCAAGAUUUACACAGUGUGCUAAACAACCAGUCAGCGUACUCGAAUGAGACCAAGGUACCCUCAUUCAGAAAGCCCCAGUGUUCCCAUGGCAAGCCAGUAGCAGUGGCGACAGUCCUGUUUGACCUUCAUAUGGGGAACCUUUGUGGAGAUGAGAGAAUGAAACUAAUGAGGAAACUGUCAGACUUUGUUGAUGUUGACAUGGCAGAUCUGCACAUGUCUGUGGGCAAAGGACACAACACAGCAUUUGGUCUUAAGGAUGUGACAAUGGUGACAGCUGGUCCUGGAGAUGUCGCCGAUUCCAAGCACCCUGGUGUUGCAGUUUCCUGGCAGAUUGGCUGUGGAACUGAUGUCACAGGUGUGUAUAGUGCUGCCAGUAAUCAAAUUUACCUUUGUGUGAGGGGAAUUUGAUCGGUGAAGGGUGACACAAAAGUUGAAAAAAGAUCCUACUGAGGAGCCAGCCAAAAUUUAGUUAAUGAUCAUCACUUCCUUUUAAAAAAAGGCAAAACAAGAUUUUUGCUUUUUGAAACUUGCAGUGGCCAUGAAUCAACUACUGUUCUUUAAAUAAAAAAGCCAGGCUGUUAGAUUUUAAUCUUAUCUCCUUUUUUAAUGAAGGAUUACAAGUGGCGUCUGUAUUGAAGUCUAGCUCUGAGAGAGGAACAUUCAAGCAGGCUCUCGAGGCACAAGUCACUGGCUGGCACAUUACCACUGGUCAACCAAAAGCUCAUCAUCAGAGAGUGCGCAGACAAAUAAACAAUCUGAAUCCAACUCCAGUCAUAACACAACAGUUUGGAACUAUUGUAGCUACAAGAAGAAUUUACGCAACCAUUACUCCAACCUUCUCAGCAGCACCUCCAAGUUUAAUUCCUGGUGGCAUUACAGUGACCUUGUCUUCCAUUGUGACUCCAACUGUGGCUGUCAAAGACAACAAGAAACCAACAAUCUUAAGUCAAAUGCCCCCACUGAAUGUUUUUCUGGGGACAAGCUUCCAAUAUCGCAUACCACCAGACAUGCUGUAUGAUCCAGAAGAUGGUUUUACCAGAAAUUUAAAACUGGAAGUUAAAACAGAUAAUGGUGAGGACCUUCCAGCAACUUCCUGGAUAUUGUUCAGUACUUCAAAACAAGAGUUGUAUGGUAUGGCUCACGGCAAAGAUGUCAUUGGAUUGCAUACCUUCUAUCUUGUUGCUACUGACAGUCAAGGGGACACUAUAGAUUUCAAAUUCAACGUGCAGGUUUCAGAAGGUGGCAUUGCAUAUAAUAACCAGUUUACGAUUUGUUUGAAGUAUGAUUACAAAAUGUUUAUGAACAACAUUGAAAAUCGCCUGAAGUUAACCAAAAUUAUCUCUAAUUAUUAUGGUGUGGCUGAGACAAGCUUGCAUGUGGCCUCAUACUUCUACCGCCAUGGAUAUAUUUUCUUUACAUUCCAAUUUCAAUCUUCAGCCUCAUAUUAUGACUGCAACAGUGCUUUCUUGAGAAAUCUUAAAGAUGGCUUUGGCAAUAACAAAGAGCUAAAUGCAGAAUUCAAAGGAUCCCUAGGUCGUGCCGGGUUCAAUGUGAUGUACGGCUUCUACAAAGGACUUGGUCCUUGCAUGACAACUACAAAUGUGAAUACUCCACCACAACUCAACAGACCCAUAGGCACCCUUCACAUGUAUUUGGGACAAGGAUUCCGCUUCACCAUCCCCUACAACACAUUCUAUGACAGUCAAGACUACUAUAGUCCUGGCCUAAAGCUUGAAAUGAGAACAAACAAUAAUGAGGCUCUACCCGCCAACUCUUGGAUUCUAUUUGAUUCCACUCGGCAACAAAUCUAUGGCCAAACAAACAAUAUGGCUUUGGUUGGACCCCAUGGGUAUCGCAUAGUUGCCAUUAACAGUGCUGGACUAGAAGCUUUUGAAAGUGUUAGAUUUGAGGUACGGAGCAGUACAGUUCGUUACAAUCAUGAGUUUGCCAUACGUCUGGGUCGAAGACGUUCGUCCCAAGCUCCUGGCGUGCAUGGUUAUACUUAUGAAGACUUGGCAGACAAUGCUGCCAUAAAAAUAUCUCUACUGAAGUCAAUUGCUAAUUACUAUGGACUGGACUUAGGUCAUGUGCGCAUUAUCAAUUAUGUGCAAGGUCCUUCUGUAAAAUUUAUGUUUGACUACAUUCCAUAUGAGGACUGUGAUAACUCAAACCUGACAAAGCUAAUAAAUGGCUUCUGGGACAGCAAGGAAAAAGAAAUGAAUAGAGCCUUUGUUGCAGCCCUUAAAGAGGACAACUUUACUGUAACAACAGGCUACUACUGGGGUAUGGGUUCAUGUCAGAGUCUCACUCCCCUAACAAAAGAUCAAGAUAGUCCACCAAAUGAAAUUGAGCGCAUCUCUAGGAAAGUAACGCAUCUGGGGCAGGCACUAAAACUCCACAUUCCUUUCAACACUUUCUAUGAUGAACAGGAAUUUUACACACCUAACUUGAGGCUAAGUUUGAGAACACAAGAUGGAAGUGAACUGCCAGGUAUAUACUGGAUCACUUUGGACUCACAGCAGUACAUUUAUGCUUUGCCACUACGUGUGAACUUUGCUGGAAAUCACAGAUUUAAAUUGAUUGCAAGAGACAGGUUGGAACAAACAGGAGAAAGCACCUUGAGAGUAAACGUUAAGAGUGAUGGAAACUCUUAUAAUCACGAGUUUGGCAUUCACCUCGACAACUAUGCUUUGCUGAAAAAUAAUGUUGACAUGAUGGUGAAAUUGGUAGUAAAGAUUGCUGCAUAUUAUGACCUGGAUUACACAAAUGUGAGAGUACUCAGUCAGGAUCAAGACAUGUUUAGGUUUCAAUUUGAUCACAUAAGGUCAUGUAAUGAUUCAAACCUUAUUAAACUGAUUAAUGGAUUCUGGAAUGACACACAACAACAGCUGAAUCAAGCAUUUGUGGCAGCACUUUCACCAGAUUUCCAAGUUACUAACGUGGAUAGCUAUUACAAUCUUCUUAAACCAUGCAGUGGAACCAAUCGGCCACAGUUGCGUACAGAUGUUCCUACCCUUACUGUAGAACAGGGAAUUAUAUUCAAGUAUCAAAUUCCUGUCAACACAUUUUAUGACAAGGAAGAUGGCUAUACUCCUAACCUUAAACUUGAAAUGACAACAAUGGAUCACCGAAAGAAUCUGCCAUCUUGGAUUUUCCUUGACUCUGUAAAACAAAACAUAAUUUGUUUGGUAACUGACAGCAAUGUGGUUGGCCUCCACUCCUUUUACCUCGUUGCCAUAGAUAAAGAUGGGUUAAAAGCAAAAGAUAAAAUUGACAUACAGGUGACAGAACACACUGUGAAAUACAACCACAAGUUUUCAAUUGAUGUUAUUGAUGGAACAGCUGGUGACAAUGUGAAAGGAAAAGUAGCUUUGGUUAACAAGCUUGCAGCAUAUUUUGUUGUGAGUGUCAAGGACAUCCACAUUGGCAGCUAUGGUCCAGUUUGUACUUUUCGGUUGGUCUCACUCCAAGACCUUAAAUGUGACGAUCCCAAGCGCAAGAAGAUCAUCAGCAGUUUUGAAGUCAACAAAAAGUUGAAUGAAAAUUUCAUUACCGCACUUAAACCAGAAUUUGACGUGACAUCUGGCAAGUACGAAGGUCAAGGAGUCUGUGGGGUACCAACCCCAGCAGGAAACACUCCACCUAAAGUGUACAACCAUGUAGACCGGUUAAACGUUUUCCAGGGACAAGGAUUACGAUUUAUCAUUCCAAGUGAUUCAUUUUAUGACAAAGAAGACCUUGACACUCCAAAUCUUUCACUGGACUUGAGGACGACUGAUGAUAAAGAACUUCUAAACACAUCCUGGAUCCUUCUGAAUUCAUCACGCCAAGAGAUUUAUGGCCUCCCCACUGACAUCAACAGAGUUGGACUGUAUGAGUUUUUCUUGAUCGCUUCAGAUAAGCAAGGAUUAAGGGCUUUUGACGGCUUUGAAGUAAGCGUUUCAGAAGACACCAAGCCAUUUAACCAUAAAUUUAAUAUUGUCCUGGACUAUGAUAAUGCCACCUUCAUAGAUAAUGUGGGAAUCAGAGUCAUGCUGUUGGACAAGAUUGCCAAUUUCUUUGGCGUGAACUUCACCAGCGUGCGUGUUGUCAGUUAUGCCCCAGGUGUUUUAUUUUCAUUCUAUUUUGAUUUCAUUCCAUAUGAUGACUGCCUUCAUCCUUCCCUAAAGAACCUCCUCGCAAAGUUUUGGCUCGAUAAGGCAUUGAAUAAAGCUUUCAUGGCUGCACUUCUGCCACAGUUUAGAGUCCUUUCAGGAUCUUAUGAAAAGCUUGGACCAUGUGCGGCAGUUCUUGUUGAUGAUCCCGGUGCCUUAAUUGGAGACCGCCCUGGAGGAAUAUGGUGGACGUACGCAAUUAUACCUGCUAUUGUGCUUGCUAUUAUCCUCCUCAUCAUUGGCUGUUGUUUGUUGAUUAUGAUGGGAUGUCGUCGAAAGCAGAAAUUGUCAGGAGCACAGAAGACAACCUUCAUUUACAAGAAGAAACCCAUUGUUCUCCAGGAAGAAUAUGAGAUCAAAGAACAACUAUUGAAGCAACCGAUUGUGCUGCCAAAUGAAAAACCACCCGUACCACCAAUGUAUUCACGAAGUGCUGUCCCCGGAGGUGACAAAACACCAUUAUUGAUUGAGGAAACAAAAUCGGUGCCUUAUCAAGCACCAACUUUUGUGUCAAGUAGACAAAUGUCAAAUGGUUUUGGUGGCGGUGGUGGUGGCGGCGCUGGCGGCGGUGGUGGCGGCGGUGGUGGUGGUGGCAGUGGUGGUGGAAAUGCAGGUUUUGUGGCCAAUGGGGGUAGCGGCGGUGGUGGUGGAAAUGCAGGUUUUGUGGCCAAUGGUGGUGGUGGUGGUGGUGGUGGUGGAGGUGUUGGUGGUGCUGGUGCUGGUGGUGGGGGUAGCGCAGGUGCUGGUUUGACUGCAGCUGGAGGUGGAGGUGGUGGUACUUUUGUUUUCAGCAGUGGUGCUAGUGGAGGUGGCAGUGGUGGAGGGAGCAGUGGGUUUGUUGGAGGUGCAGGAGCUGGUGGUGCUGGAGGUGGAGCUGCUGCAGGUGGUGGUGCUGGAGGUGGAGCUGCUGCAGGUGGUGGUAUGGGAGCUGGCAGUGGGCUAGCUGUGGGUGGUGGGAGCAGUGGUUUUGCCAGAGGAGCAGCAGGGGGAACUGGAGCUGGUGGAGGUGGAGCAGGUGGAGGUGGUGCUGGUAGAGCUUUUGCUGGUGGUGGUGCUAUUAGUUACAGUAUGGCACCAGGUGGUGGCAGCUUCAAACAAUCCUCCUACAGUUACAGUUACAGCAGUAGUGGUGCUUCAAGUACAAGUCGCAAGAUAGCUUAUUCAGGUUACCGUCUACCACCAGCCUAUGUCCCACCUUAA